UCACCAAAAAAAAAAUUAACUCCAUCAGAAGAUAUUAACGUUUCCGUCAGAAGAUGUGCUCCCAAAGCUAAAGAAAUAACUUUAUUGCAUAUCCCAUUAUCAGCAGAAUAGUGGCAUGGAAGCUCAAUUGGAUGAUGAAAAUAGGCUCAUUCGAUUACUAAAAUUAAAAAAUCAGGCCUAUGGUGUAAGAUUAUUUCUUUUGGUUGUUAAAGUGUGGCUAAUUUGUUUUUUAAAAAUAUGGGUCAAUUUUUUUUUUGUCUAUGAUUGAAACAUGGUUGUAACAUUUAUUUUUUCAGUUUAUUUUCUUAGUGGCGCAUUUAUUUGUUAAACUGAUGAGGAACUAAUUAAGAGGGUUAGUAAUAUCUCCAUAAAUGAAGGAGGUUACAAACACCAAAGCCGCCAGAUGUCUUUGGCUGGGAUGAGAUUGGGAUGGUCGGAUCACUUGUUUGUCUCUCAAAAUGUUAUCCGUCCGACCAAGCUCAAAAACCCAUUCUGUUUUGUAUUAUAGAUAUUGUUUUUUUAAUCCUUAUUUUUUUUUAUUUCUUGAUCAGAACAAGUUGAACCAUCUGUUGGGCCUGUAGUGGUUCUAAGUUCAAUGGCCUGAGUGUAGUGGGUCUAACUUCAAUGGGAAUGAGUGUAGUGGGUCUAAGUCCAAUAUGCCUGCUCAUGAUAACUCAGAGUUUGAGAAGCAAUAUGCAGAACACCCGAAAGAAGAAGAUGAUGAGAAAAUGUUCCCACAGGAAGAAGAAGGUGAAUUGGAUCCAAACUCAUUCAUAGUUGUAAGUAAGUUUAUGAAUAAAGAUGCUUCCUACAAGCAUGUGAAUAACUUUUGUGUCCUCAAUAAACACCAGACAUAGUCUACUAAGAUUUCUACAACCAAGCUAAGGGUCAAGUGCAUCCAUAUUUAGAGGACUCUCAAAUGUCCAUUCUUCAUCUAUGGCAUUGUCAAGAAAGGUGAAGGUAAACCUUUCACACUUAGAGGCUUUAAUCUAGAUUCACAACUGCAAUGGUGACAAGGAUGCCAUGAACAAAUGUGCAAACCCAUCAAAUGUAGAUGACUGGUACUAUGAGAAGAUUAAGUCUGAGCUUGGCAUUAAUGAACCAGUACCAUGUGCUGACGACUUAGCAACAUAAUUCAAUAAAGCCAGAAAUCUUAAUAUUAGAUAUCACACUGCACAAAGGGCAAGGGUUAAGGUGUUGGAUAAAAUAAAUGGCAAUUAUGAGAAGAGCUACCUAAUGGUGCCUGCAUUUUAUGAUAUGGUCAAGAAGAGGAAUCCAGGCAGUGUAGCUACAUUUUCAUAUGAAACAGAAGAUAAUACUUUCUUGUCCUUGACAAUUUGUUUCAAAGCCACAAUGGAGGGAUUCCUUGCAGGAUGCGGAAAAGUUAUUGGUAUGGAUGCAUGUCACUUGUAUGGGAAGUGUGGUGGUGUGUUGUUACAUGCACUGCAUUGGAUGGUCAAAAUGGAUUACUUCCGUUAGGUAUAAUGGUUUGCAGGAAUGAAAUAAUAGAGAACUGGAAAAUAUUCUUCGAUGAUUUGAAGAAGCUGUUAGGUUAUGAAUGGGAGUUUACCUUCAUCUCUGACAAGCAAAAGGGAAUUUUGGAAGCUGUUGACCAUUACUUUCCCUUGUUUGAGAACAUACAAUGUGUCAGACACUUGAUGGCUAACUUCAAGAAGUACUUCAAGGGGUUUAGCUUGCAGAACCAUCUCUGAAAUGCUGCAAAGUGUUAUAAGAUCAAGCAUUUUAACCAACAUAUGGAUGUUAUGGCAGCUGAGAAUGAAAAUGUUGCAAGAUGGCUCAUGUAUGAAAGGCCUGAAACAUGAUGUAUAGAUCAUUUUACACCUACUAGCAAGUGUGAGCACAUCAACAACAACUUCUCGGAAUCCUUCAACAAUAUGGCCAAGAAGUUGAGAGACAAGCCAAUCUGCAAGCUGGGUUUGACAUAUGGACAGAUGGUAAUGGGGCUUAUGCACAAGAGGAGGAAUGAGGCUGCAGAAUGGAAGGAUAGUGACUUGGUUCCAAAGGAAAUGAAGCUGAUCGAGAAGAUGUGCGGCUUGACCACUAAUUUUAAGCUUGAUGGUGCUAUAAGGGGGAGAGUAUAUGAAGUUACCAGUUGUCAUGGAGCCAUUUUUUCAGUCAAUAUGCCAAAGAAGACUUGUACCUAUUUGCAAUGGCAACUAAGGGGGUUUGUCUGCCAGCAUGUUGUAUGUGCUUAAAUCCAUUGAGACCUGUUUGGGCUGAGUAUUGUGACCAGUGUUAUUGGGUGGAUAGCUACAAGAGAACAUAUGUUCCAGAGUUUAACCCAUUAUUAGGCCCAGAUGACUAUGAGAAGACAGCAAAGAAAGAAAUGAUACAGCCUCCAGUGAAUAUCAGGAAAACAGGUAGACUAAGAGGAAAAAAAAUCAGAGCUUAUGAUGAACCUGAAUCCAGUGGAAAGAAGACUAGAAAAUACAAGAGAUGUAAAGAACCAAGUCACUAUGAGAAAACCUGUGCUGGUGGAGCUGUUGGAUCUAAUCCAAAGGUUAGAACCUGUGUUGAUGGUGAUACUUACACAGCAUUUAAAUCAGGUCAAUCCAAUAGGAACAAGAAAGCUGCAAAGAUUGUUCAUGGUUCAUCUGCAGGUGAAAGUACCAGUGUUAGAGGUGGAAAGAAGACCAAUUUCCAGAGUUGUGUUGGUGAAUCUUCUCGUCAAGAUGCUGCAAGAUCUGCUAAGAAAGGUGAAAAGGAAAGGCUCAACCAGAAUCUUGUCAUAAGUCUUGUUUAAUCAGAAUUUCAACUAGGUUGGUUCUAUUACCAACAAAGUCACAUUUACUGCGUCAGAUCCAAAAGAAGGAAGAAGAACCAAAAAAGUACAUUCAUGUUCUUUCUUUUAUUUUGCGGGUUUGUUUAUGGAUUUAAGAUCUGAAAUUGAAAGACAAUGUUUAGUUAGUUUAGUUUCAAUUUAUGAAACUUUGGAUGAAUGCAGUUUAUU